GAUUAUCCAUUAAAAUGAACAGCGUCAAUGGAACGAUGGUGUGAAUGGAAAUUUCUCUCCACAAGAUACAAGAAGACUGUUCCCACCUUAUCGUUUGUCUUUGGUUAAACUUCUGAUCGUCCGAUUACAUUAUACGCGUAAAGAGUCGUUAGUUUAUUGACACAUUAAAAAUAGUUCGAGUAUUUGUAUUUACUUAUGCAAUUCGUUUAAAAUUGCUCGGUAAUAGUACCAUCACGCUUUUACAAUUAUAUUUCAUUCGUUGGCAUUGAAAUCCUUUGUUGAAGAUAACGUAUGUACGUAUAUACAUAUAUGUAUACACGUAUACCCGAUUAUCGUAAGUCAAGUUACAUACUGCAGUGUUUACAUUCGCGGCUCGUCUAUUAAUGUGAUACAAUUGAAUAACCAAAUACUGCAUUCCUCUUAUAAUUAACUAUCACUUAUUCAGUCAACAUGGCAUACGACUAGAAACAAUAAAACGCAAACUGUAAUUCUGAAUCCCGUAAUACACGUUUGACCAUGAUAGUAAUUCUUUAUCAUGAAUGAAAGGUAUAAUAUUUCUCGAUAAACCAACAUCAUAUAUCGCUUCCUAUCUUGCGAUUAGUAUUCACAGUUAGUGGAAUUGAUCCAGUGAUAAUUUAUUGCUUUCAAUAUGAAAUAUGAUACUUCGCCUUGCAAAAAUAAUGCUACCUUUCGGUACGUAAGAGUGAAACACAAAAGAACGCGAUUGAACACAUGUCAGGAUAUCUCCUGUCAAGGUCAGUAUCGAUCGAUAUUAGUUGUUCCAACGAAAUAAUUAAAACAUAUCCAAAUUCGAAAUACACUGACUAGACUGUAGUUGUACAACUACCAAUAUAAGGGAAUACUUUCGACCGCUAAUAGAAUAUGAAUUAAAAGGGUAUUCGUUGUUCAUACAUUUUUUAAAAUACAUUUAUCAAAUUCUGAUUAAAACUACGGGUUAAUCAUCCAAUUGAUAUUGAUCGGAUUCCAAAAUCGACUUGAAGUUCCAAUGUAUUGUAAACUGCACAUUUAUCAGUCGCACGUGAUGCUUUUCGGUAAAAGCUGAUUCGAUAGAUAGUACACGACGAUAACGAAAAUAAGUGGGCUUGUUGCCACAUACGUAGGUACCUACGUAUAAUACAGCGUAUCAUAUUGCAUACAUAUCACCGUAAGAUCCGUAGCCAAGAAUAGAAUUCUAUUGAAUUUAAAAAAUCUCACAGCCUCAAUUGUAGUCGAAAGAGGCCCAAAUUAAAUAUUAAUAUAAAACAAGGUACGUAAGUACAAUUAAUGCUAUUCGAUUAUUUUUGUGAUCAGUACGUCUAUAUCAGUACGUCUUUGCAAUAUAUGUAUCAUAACUUCUACAAAAAUAUUAUCAGAUUUGUUUCAAAUAUACUGGUAUUGUAUAGUAGUUACAACGUUAAAGUUUUAAUAGCGAGCAUUCGAAUACUUUCGCGAGCCAUUGUAGGUACACAAGUUUCAGGGAUUCCCUGUAUAUUUCUCGGUCGUUCGCUCCACUCAAAUAGUAUCAAGUUACAUCGAGGUUCAAGGACGUAAAUUUUCUCGAUUUUACCAAUCCCUUUUUCCGUACGUUGGAAAAAUCCAUGUCAACAACAACAACGUUUCCACGUUGCCAACAGCUACUCUAUUCUGGUGUGUACAUAUUUACCGUUACUACGUUGUGUCGGUGGCACACGUGUUCCACCUGACUUCAAGAAAACUUGUUCGUGCCACCACAAUGCCCUGGAGUCAUCACGAAUUACCUUUUGUAUACAUAUAACGGCAAUGACCAAUCGAAAGUCGAAGUGCAUCCAUACUUUUUAACGGUGUGAACAAGUUUUUUUGAUGCCAGUGUGCGAAGCAUGUCGUUAGAUAGUCAUGCUGCCGUACUCACGAACGUUGAACGUUCGCGUCAAAAUAGUUCAGACGAUCAUGACGAAAGAUCGGCACCUGGCGGAUGGACCAUCGUACUGGUCCUAGCAGGUGUUACCAGUUGCCUUGGAUCAGCAGUGCCAGCAGGAUUUAAUAUAGGAGUAUUAAAUAAUGCGGCCCAUCUAAUAGGACAUUUUUGCAAUGAAAGUAUUAGAGAAAGAUAUGACGUGGACAUUUCCAAAAAUGGUCUAAAAAUAGUAUGGUCUACCAUCGUUUCGAUUUUUCUUAUUGGCGGUGUAACUGGUUCGUUUCUUGCUAGUUGGUUAGCAGAUAGUUACGGGAGAAAAAAGACACUAUGUAUUGGAAACAUAUUUGGAAUUGUAGGGGCUAUAAUGUUUUUUGUAGUGCGUAUAUUGAAUUCAAUUGAACUCCUUUUAGCAGGUCGUUUAAUUGUGGGCCUUUCCGGAGGUAUUGCUACAUGCAUUGUACCAAUGUACAUGGCAGAAUUAGCACCUCUUAGAUUAAGAGGUGCUGUCGGAGUACUCUGUCAACUAGGACUUACGUGCGGAGUGUUUUUAGGGCAAAUUGCAGGACUUAGUACAGUCCUAGGCACGGAGCACUCUUGGCAAAACAUGUUAGGAUCAUUUAUUCCACUAUGCACGUGUGCUUUAAUACUUACAAGUAUCGUUUUACCAGAAAGUCCCAAAUAUUUGUUUAUUAUUAAAAAGCAGAAACAAAAGGCUUUGGAUGAACUCAGUAGGAUACGUAACAUGGAUAUAAUGCUUCUGCAAGCAGAAAUAACAAAUUUGCACGAAGAAUUAGAAAAAGAGGCAACGUUUGAACCUUGGACAAUCAAACGCAUGAUAAAAGAUCGAAGUUUGAGACUCCCUUUAUUUUUAGUUUGUAUAAUACAAUUUGGACAACAAAUGAGUGGUAUAAAUGUCGUAUUUUACUACUCGAACUCCAUAUUCCACGACGCUGGACUUGGCAUCGCUGGGGCACAAUACGCCACUCUUGGAACCGGUGUGGCUAAUAUUGUUAUGGCUCUUGUAUCUGUACCAGUAAUGUCAUCUUUAAACAGGAGAGGUGUCCUACUGACGAGUAAUUAUUUAUGUUUCGGAUGCUUGGUGAUUUUGUGUGCUUCCAUUCUAUCAAACCACCUAUCGUCGUAUAUGUCGCUUCUAUGUAUAAUAACGAUACAGGCUUACGUGAUAUUUUACGGAAUUGGUCUUGGUCCGAUUCCAUACUUCAUUGGAUCCGAAUUAUUCGACGUUGGCCCUAGGCCAAUAGCUAUGGCACUUGGUAGUGUCUUUAAUUGGGGUGGAAAUUUUUUAGUUGGAAUGCUGUUUCCAAUAAUAGAUACCGUAAUAGGAGCAUACACUUUCUUAAUAUUUGCCGGAUUUCUUUUAAUUUUAGGACAAAUUGUUAGGGUAUACUUGCCUGAGACUAGAGGAAAGAGUACAAUGGACAUCGCGGCAUCUGUAAGCCAAGGCUUUAACUCCAGACCAAAUAGAAGUUAAAUUAAAAUCUUUUCUAUCACUUUUUUUAUGUAUAUAUAGGUUUUA